AUGAUCAACAACCGCAAUCUCUUGGCCGGUGCAGCCUUGAUCGGCUCAGCACUUGCCUCUCCUGCUCCUCAGCAGCUCGACUUCGCCCAGAUCGCAGCAGCACCAGUCGUCGCCAGCGGUCCAUCAGCAGUCGACUCUGACGGUGUUCAGACCGCCACCCUGUACACCAGCGUUGCCAUCAGCGGAGUUGCCACCGCAAGUGCUACAGCCACCUCAGCUGCAGGCAACGCACGCCGUGAUGCCACGACCUCUGGAUAUACUCCUUACUAUCCAGCCCUAGCAACUGGCUACACCACUGAUCCAGCCCUGACCGCGACCACUUCUGCUGGUCAGGCUUGUCCUACCACUCCUGAGGCUGGCACCUACUGCGGCUUCAUCAACCCAUUAGACCCCUGUGCUCCUCAACCAGAUGGAUAUGGACCCGUCCCAACGCCAGACACUGCCUCCGCUUUCCUGGCUUACCCACCAUUCCACUCGUCCGCUCAGGCUGCGCCGACAAACGUUCCGUCUGUGAACAACACCCAAUACAGCCAAGUCUUCAAAGAUCUCAACGCAUCCGUCAGUGCUCAGUCUUAUCUCGGCCUGUACAGCCUUCAGAGCUACGACGUCGCCGGAUGCGCUGCCAAGUGCGACUCGACCGAUCUCUGCACGGCCUUCAACAUCUUCAUCGAGCGUGAUCCAUCGUUGAACCCUUCCGCCAACGACUCCACCGCACCCACAGUUUGGGGAUACUGGUGUCCGAACCCGCCCUCCAUGACGGUCUACAAGUGCACACUCUGGGGCAGCAACAUCGAUGCUUCGAUGGCAACCAACACUGGCGAAAAGCGACACGACUUUGACGUUGUCAUCACGGGCUCCGAUGGCUACGACAAGACGAACAUCACCACCCCACCAGAGUGCUCGCCACCAGUCGUCUCCAGCACGUCCUCGGUCCCAGUCCCAACCACGACCAGCACAACAUCCAAGUCGACCGUCCCCGCAUCAACGACAACGACUACUUCAACCGCCAAACCCACCUCAUCAUCCACCCCCGCCUGGCCAAACCACCCCUGGGGCCCACCCAAGAACUGCCACGGCAAAGGCAUCAACAACGGCAAAAACUGGAUGGGCUCGCGCUUCUUCCCGGGACCCUUCAACCCGCAAGUCUGCAGCGACUACGCACUCCUCCAGAACCUCGCCAACGCCAAAGCCAAGAACGGCCAGAAGUGCCAGAUGUUCAACGCCUACUAUCUGCACAAGAACCAGAAGCCGCUGGGCACGUACUGCAAUUUGUACAAUGCCUACCUCGAUAGCUCGUGGGCGACGUUCUCCGGCGCGAAGUCGGGGAGGGAUCAGUAUGACUGCAAGCAAUCUUGGACUUACACUUUGCAAGAGUAG